AAUUUUAAAAAAAAUUAAUGAAAAACCUAAAAUCACACCUUUAUGUGGUUGUGUAAGAACAGUUUGCUAUUCCCUUUUUCAUUCAAGAUGGUGUACGACCAGUUUGAUGGCAAUUUUUCUAUAUACUGAGUUAAUUACUUAAUUGAUAUUGUUUGAAGAGUUGUUCUGUUAUCCUCAACUAGGAGAUUUAAAGGACAUGGCUGAGGCUUGUAUGAAUAAGGACGAGCUUUGGAGGGAGUGUGCAAGUUGGUUAACGAGAUGGGACGUACUAAGGAGUGAUCACAGAGUCAAUUGGUCCACUGCAGACAUAAUAGACCUAGCAAACAUUUUAAGAGACGGUGUUAUCCUUUGUACCCUGCUUAGUAAAAUGGACCCUGGCUGCAUUGAUAUGAAGGACGUUAAUCUUAAACCUGCAAUGGCUCAAUUUUUAUGUGUUCGAAACAUACAAACGUUCCUGAAAAUAUGUGUAGCUUCAUUUGGAAUAAAAGAAUCUGAUCUUUUCGAGCCUUUAAUGUUAUUCGAUCUGACGGAUUUUCACAAAGUUUUAUGUACUCUUUCAAAACUAUCACUUACGCCAAAAUCACAACAAAGUAGUAUAAGAGGUUUUAGUGGCCAAAGUCUCAGAAGGAAAGAUGAAGAUGUAUAUCACAACUUAAAAUUCAUUGAUCCACCAUCCAGAAUCGAUCUAAACAUGGACCAAUUUGAUUACCACGAUAACUACCAUAAAGAAGAGGAAAUUUAUCACGAUUUAUGUUUGCUACAAAACGUUACAGCUCGUCAGGAGUUAAGUAUCCAAGCCCCGUUAGAGAAGCGAGACUUCGUAAUUAAGGAACUUAUAGAAACAGAACAUAAUUAUGUGGAGGUUAUCAAUAAGCUCAAGAAAAAUUUCAUGAGACCUCUUCAAACCAUUUUAAGUGCAGAUGUUCAUUCUACCAUAUUUUGUAAAAUUAAUGAAUUACACGAGAUUCAUACCGGGUUUUUAAGUCAGCUUUUAAAAGUUGGGAUUGACAAGUCCGUUAAAUUAAGUAAUAUUUUUAUGAAUUGGAGGGAAAGGUUCUUAGUUUAUGGGCCAUACUGUGCAAAUCUCUCUAACGCCUGUGCUCUGUUACAAGAAAGCUGUGAUAAAAACGAAGUUGUAAAUAUGGAAGUUUGUAGGUGUGAGAAUGAAGAUAACAAUGGAAAGUUUAAACUACGAGACGUACUCUCUGUGCCAAUGCAGCGUAUUCUUAAGUACCAUUUAUUAUUGGAAAAAUUGAUCGAUCUGACUGAUCCGAAUCACGAAGAAUAUAAGGAUUUAAAAAGAGCGAGGGAGGCCAUGCUAGAUGUAGCAGGGUACAUAAAUGAAACAGCCAGGGAUAGCGAACAUCUUGCCGUAAUUAAGAAAGUACAAGAAAACUUAAUAGAAUGGGACCGUUCGUCUGAGAUAAAGUUGGAAAACUGCGGUCGAUUGAUAAAAGAUGGAGAGUUGAAAGUAAAGGCACAUGAUGACCAGAAAACGAGAAAUCGAUAUGUCUUUAUUUUCGAUAAAGUUUUAAUUUUAUGCAAACAAGUAAAGGGAAACCAGUUUGCGUAUAGGGGUUCAUUACACUUGCCAGAUUUUCGUUUAGAUGAUUAUAAUAAUAGGCCCAUAUUAAAUAGAGAAGCCAAAUGGGUGUACCAAUGGCAUCUUGUCAAAAACGAUCAGUCCACCGUAUACACUUUGUAUGCCAGGAGUAUCGAAAUAAAACGUAAAAUGAUGAAAGCUUUAAGAGACGCCAUAGAUAACGUUCAGCCGUCAGCUCUUGCCAAAACGAAUCACAAAUUCGAAAUGCAUUCGUUUGAUAAACCGAUUACAUGUAACAGAUGCUCAAAAUACCUUAAAGGUCUUAUUUUUCAAGGCUACAGGUGCAAGACUUGUGAUAUAGCCGUCCAUAAGGAGUGCAUUGCCGGUUCUGGACGAUGCGGCGCUCCUCCUCCUCUACCUCCUCCCACACUUCAUUGUGACGCUCAGUUAAUGGAUAAAUUGUGGUUUGCUGGAGAUAUGGAUAGAAACGAAGCUGCCGCCAUCUUGGAACAUCGAAGAAAUGGUACCUACUUGGUACGGAUACGUUCCCAAAGAGACGAUGCCGACAAUUUCGCCCUCACUCUUAAAACCGACAACGCAGUCAAACACAUGAAGAUAUGUUGUAGUGUGGUGGGUUCCGUGAAGAAAUACUACUUGUCAAUAUCUAAAUAUUUUAAUAGCAUUGAAGAACUCAUUGAGAAUUAUCAGCAUUCUAGUCUCAAGGAGAAUUUUGAAAGGCUCGAAGAAAAUACUUAUUUAGAAUGGCCUUAUCGUCAGUUGCGAGCCGUUGCAGUGAGGUCGUUCAGUAGCGACUGCCCUGAUCACUUAUCUUUUGAACAGGGACAAAAUAUCGUUGUUGUAGGACAGGAAGGUUACCAGGAGGGUUGGUGGAAAGGAAAACGAGAUAACAUGAUUGGUUACUUUCCGAAGUACUGCAUACAAGUUCUGGAGUCGGUAACGCGGGAAAUUUAGUAUUCGGGGUCUUUAGUACACUUCGAUACUUUAAUUAACAAUCACCCUGUUGUUAUAAUAUUAUACAUGUAUGUGCGCAUGAUGUGCUGGUUUUCUUUUUGUUCAACAUGUUUGUUUCUGUUUAGUAAAGAUGUUAAAUAUAUAUGUUUUGUAUAUUUGUAGAAAAAUGUUUGUGAGAUAUUAUA